CCUUUUCUUCAGUCCAGAGUUCAGGACACCAGAAGAGCUGCACCGUCAGACAAGAGCUGCAGGCUGGCAGGGAAGCAACACCUUAUCAGCCCAGGAUCUUCAGCUGCCCUCAGUGGGAAGAAAGAAAAAACACAGCAAGAAAGACAGUGAGAGAUUCCUCCCUGCACUGGCACAAUGCGCACUCUCAUCAUCCUUACGUUUCUGGCUGUCUUGGUGAUGACUGCCACUUGCUAUGAGUCCCAUGAGAGCAUGGAGUCCCAUGAGCAUUAUUAUCCCUUCAUCAAUAGGCGAAGGGCCAAUGGCUUCAUACAAGCUGACACGAGACUAGGAGCCAUGACUCAGGAAAGGAUCAGGGAGCGUACUAAGGCACCCCAUGAACGUCAGAGGGAGAUCUGUGAGGACUACUACCCUUGUGAACUGUACGCUUAUCGCCAUGGCUAUGCUGCUGCUUACAAGCACUAUUUUGGGAAGAGGAGGACUAAGUAAAGGAUGACCUGCCCCUAUCCUGGGGCCUGGAGUCCAGGGUAUCCUCCCAAAAAAUGCAACGGCUCUGAAACAUAUUCAGUUGCUUGUGUCCCUGUAUGUUAUCCUGCCUGCUGCUUCUCUCCCAUGUAGCCAUGGAUUCCUACACUGUGUUAAUUAGUGCUGAGCUGAUGUAGCAGAGAUCAGAGUGAGUUCAGGAUGUGGGUGUUUACUACACAAUAAAUUGCUGGUUUGAUACUAUC